AUGGAGUCCUCUGAUCUUGGAUCGAAUGCACCUCUGCAUUCGUAUCCUUCCGCUACAGUAUCUGGACCUCCAAAUGCGUCCUUGAGUGCAGCAACGGAGGCUCGAUUAACUCCUGUUGCUGAGCCUAUACCUGUCCCCGUCAAUGGCGGUACUCUUCCCAUGAUACGGAGUCCUGACCAAGGAAAAGAAGCUCUUCGUCGCUCUCCACGGAUUCCUUCGGGCAUGAUCAUGGCACCUGAAAGUGGUGCUCCUCCUAUGUUGUCUCCUUCUAGCGAUCGUGUGAUGGUCACUCUAAACAAAUUAAGUAUUGCAAACGAGCAGACAUGGAUUGCUAUUGGUACAACUGCUGAAACAAUGAGUGAUCCUACGCGCGCCUUGGCAGCUUAUGACUCUGCCUUGCUGCACAACCCUUAUUCGAUUCCAGCACUCAGCGCCAUGGCAAGUGUGUAUCGGUCCAUGGAGCAUUUCGACCUUGCCGUUGAAUAUAUUCAGCGUGUUCUUGAUAUUGACCGAGAAAACGGCGAAGUAUGGGGUGCAAUGGGCCAUUGCUAUUUGAUGAUGGAUGAGCUUGAAAAAGCCUAUGCUGCAUACCAACAAGCAUUAUGCCACUUGCCUAAUGCCAAAGAACCGAAACUCUGGUAUGGUAUUGGUAUUUUAUAUGAUCGAUGUGGCAAUCUUGAACACGCUGAAGAGACCUUUUCAAAUGUUGUUCGGAUGAACCCGGACUACGAAAAGGCGAACGAGAUAUACUUCCGUCUUGGCAUUAUUUACAAGCAACAAGGCCGUUAUGACUCUAGCCUGGAGUGCUUCCGCUAUAUAUUGCAUAAUCCCCCAAAGCCUCUGACUGAGAUGGAUAUUUGGUUUCAGAUUGGACAUGUCUAUGAGCAGCGACAAGACUAUGAUCUUGCAAAAGAAGCAUAUGAACGCGUUUUGCGCGAAAAUACCAACCAUGGAAAAGUACUUCAACAACUUGGUGCACUUUAUCUACAACCAGCAUCGGGUUUGUUUGAUCAGGACAAGGCUAUUCAACUCCUACACCAGAGUCUUGACUCUGAUAAAAAUGACCAACAAACGUGGUAUCUGCUCGGGCGAGCCUACAUGAACUCUCAAGACUAUAAUAAGGCAUACGAUUCUUAUCAGCAAGCUGUGUACCGAGAUGGAAAAAACCCGGUGUUGUGGGGCUCUAUUGGCAUACUCUACUUUCAGAACGGACAAUAUCACGAUGCCCUUGGUGCAUUUUCUCGUUCCAUUCGCCUGAACCCAUAUAUACCUGAGAUUUGGUUCAAUCUUGGUAUUCUUUACGAGUCCUGCAACAACCAAAUUUCGGACGCAAUCGAUGCAUAUCGGCGUACACUCGAACUUGAACCAGAACAUUCUGAAGUACAACAACGUCUUUCCCUCCUUCAAAGUGCCGAGCCUUUAGGCAAGGCUGUACCAAACAUUCCAUUGCCCAAGGAUCUUCCAUUCUCUGCUUUCUCCUCCUGUACAUUACCGCCACCUGAAGGUAGCCCGGUAAUGGGUGAAGCAGAAGAUGGAGGCUGGUCUGGCGAAUCGACUGUGCAUCACGCUAAAGAAGCGGAUGUCCCUAGUACAGACGAAGAGCACAAACUUGUCUCUGAAGUGUCUCCUAGAAAAAUGAAUUUUUUUGAAGAAUCAUCUUCAAAGAAUUCUAUGCCACACCUGCAAUACACUAAGGCUCAUAUUGAUUCCAUUCGCGAUCUACCUUCGAGUCGCGCGUACCCUCCGUCGUCCGAGUGGGGCCGGCGCCCUUACCGUGAUGAGAGCCCAGGCAGAUAUCCAUCUCGCCAUCACCCAAUGCAUAUUCCUGUCGACAGUAGGGGAGAUCGGGCUGAUCCUAGCUAUUUCAGUGGUGGCCCUAGAGCGUCGUACUCUGUCCCUAGCGGAAGUAUGCACUUGGCUCACCGUGACGCGAUGCCAACUGACAUUGAGCAUGAACGAGUGCGUGUGGACAAGGAACUUCACUUGCGUCGGAAACGUGAUAUGAACAACCUUCGUCGCCCGGUUUCAACUCUACGUUCUAAUCGAAGCGACUCCGUCCCGGCAAAUGAGUAUGCACCAGAGCGAGAUGAUGUUUCCGGCUCAGCGAUGCGGAGCUCUAUGCCUGUUUCUUCUAGUCGAGAAAUUGACGAAGACUACGACACAGGAGCAGCUAGUGCUCUUAUGGGUCUGGCAGGUGCGGCCGCCUCGGCCUAUGAAGCCAAUAAUUUUUCGCGAACGCGAUCAGACAUGACAACCUCUCCGAAGAGCAAACGCCCUUUGGACUCUGAGCAUGUGCCCAUGGAGGCAAAGAGGCCGCGAGCUGACGAACCUGUUACAAAUGGAGGUUAA